UCUUUUCUGUGCGCCAAAAGCUUUGAUUAAUCCACUCAAACUCCAUUUUUUCUUAAUAUUCCAACCCUUUAUUAAUUCACUAAAAAAUGGUAACAACUCAACACGGCCCUCAAUGUAUUUGUGAAAUUUGUACUUGCGGACGGCAUCAAUGCCCAUUAAAUCGUUCAUCUGCCACUGGUUUUUCCCCUUUUGGUGAAAAGAGCAGCAAUAAUGGGAAUGGAAACAGCAGCCAUUUUUACCGAAAAGAAUUUGCUACAACUGCCAAUGUUAGUGAAAGGGCAAAGCCGGCACGUCCUAAUCCGGAGCUGACACUUGACAGGACAAUUCCAUUUCACUCAAACGAAAAAUCAGUAGAUUUUUCUGAACAGCAAAAAGCACUAACAGAAGCACGUAAUCAACGUUUUGUUACUUCUGCCGCAUUUAGAAAACGUGGACAAAAUUCUCAAAUUCAGUUAACUGACGGACAAAAUAAUCAACAACAACAAAUGCUUCGAAGUACUUACAGAGAAGAAAGUGAACGUGCUUUGCAAAAUGGAGUUCAACAACGUGUACGUCCAACUCGCCCAACCGCAACAACACGCAUCUUUGGUGGUUCUGACUCUAAUAAUAUUCACCAAACAGUGAAUCAAAGCGAAUAUGCUCCAAAACGUUCAGAAAGAGCUGAAGCUGUUAGACCAAAAACUUCUGACCUUUGGAAGAAUGCAAACGGUACAUCGCUUGAAAAAAGUGGAGUUAAUGCAGAAUAUGGAAAAGGAGGAGGGAGAGGUGAAAGGCCAGUAGCUGCACGCCCUCGGGAAUCAAACAUCCUUCGUGGUGAAGGUCCAUUUCAUGUGGAAACGAAUCAGCGUUCAGAAUAUGGACCUAAACGAGGAGAAAGAUUUGAGGCUAAACGACCAGUUGAAAAUGAGAUUUGGAAGAAUGAAGGCCCAAAUGAGCACACAACUGUAAAUCGAAGUGAAUAUAAGGGAGGUCGUGGAGAUCGCUUUGAAAUGCGAAAACCUCCAGAUUCUGAUAUUCUACGAGUUCAAGGGCCCUUCGAGUCCCUAAGUGUUGCACAUAGUGAAUAUGCUCAAAGAGGUCCAGGAGAACGCUUUGAAAGCCGUAAACAAGGAGAAAAUGAAGAAAUUUGGCGUAAUGAAGGAAGAAUGGCUGCUGAAGGUUCUGUCAGCAAAAAUGAUUAUCAACAUGAAGAAGGAAAAAGGGGUGAUAGACAUCCAAUGCAUCGUCCAAAGGAUACGGAACUUUUUGAUGUACGUAGCGGCAAAAUUGGAGAAGAAAGAACAGUCAAUGCUACCGAAUAUUCGCAUACCCGUGGAGAGCGCGCUGAACGAAAAGUGCCACAGCCUUCUGGAAUAUUUUUGCCUCCUCCAGGAUCAGAAUUUGCUCCAGAAAGUACUGUCACUCGAGAGCAUUAUGGUCACAAAGAAUUGGUGGAGAGAGCCCACCCAGUGCCCCGACGGUCAGAGUUUGUGUUGGCAGGGCCGGAAGAAUCCUUCAAUAAAUCCACCAAUUACAACGACAAUUACCAACAAAUUCCUUCGGUUACUUAUGCUUCCCGCCCUGCAGCAGUACGCCCAUCUACGGCAUUAAAAUUACAGGGUGAUAGAGAAUUUAAGAGUGGAUAUGGAUCAGAAUUUACAAAUAAAUUAGCUGGGCCUUGUCCAGCUGGGGAAUUGGUGGAAACUUUGAAAGGCCAUGCAUGUAAAUCUGAGGACAAAAAUGGGAGUCAUACAGACACAAACAACUUCCACUUUCAUUCAGUAAAUAAAGGCCAUCAUAUGUAUAGAUCAAAGGAAAAUUUGGCUGAGUCUUGA